UUCCCCGUCGACACCUCAACACCAUCACAAACAGUCCUCCGGCGUCGUGAAGGCAUCCCAAUCCCAUCCUACUCUAUCCGUCCGCCCCCCUCGUGGACAUCGACCCCUCCGAAAACGUAUCAUACGCACCGCUCAUCCUCAGCGAUGUCUUCUAUGCUCAAGACCCGCAGGAAGAAGAAUGUCAAGAAGGGUAUCCAGUUCUGCCUGAUGGUGUGCGGCGCCUCGGGAACAGGCCGGACAACCUUCGUGAAUACCCUUUGUGGCAAGAAAGUGCUCCAGCACAAGGAGUCGGACGACCCGACCACGGCACACGUCGAGGAAGGUGUCAAGAUCAAGCCCAUCACGGUUGAACUAGAGUUGGACGAGGAAGGCACUCGUAUUUCGCUCACCAUCGUCGACACGCCCGGUUUUGGCGACCAGAUCGAUAACGAGGCCAGUUUCUCAGAAAUCGUCGGAUACCUCGAGAGGCAGUACGACGACAUUCUCGCCGAGGAGUCCCGUAUCAAGCGUAACCCCCGAUUCCGAGAUAAUCGUGUCCACGUCCUCCUGUACUUCAUCACACCUACCGGCCAUGGUCUCCGUGAACUUGAUAUCGAGCUGAUGAAGCGCCUGUCGCCCCGUGUCAACGUCAUCCCCGUUAUUGGCAAGGCCGAUUCUCUUACCCCCGCCGAGCUGGCUGAGUCAAAGAAGUUGGUCAUGGAAGAUAUCGAGCACUACCGCAUCCCCGUGUACAACUUCCCCUACGAUAUCGAGGAGGAUGACGAAGACACGGUCGAGGAGAAUGCUGAACUUCGUGGUCUCAUGCCCUUCGCCAUUGUGGGGUCCGAGGACGUUGUCGAGGUCAACGGCCGACGGGUGCGUGCCCGGCAAUACCCAUGGGGCAUUGUCGAGGUAGACAAUCCCCGUCACUCGGACUUUUUGGCCGUGCGAAGCGCGCUUCUUCACAGCCAUCUUGCCGAUCUCAAGGAAAUAACGCACGACUUCCUCUACGAGAAUUAUCGUACCGAGAAGCUUAGCAAGAGCGUUGAGGGUGGUGCAGGCGCGGACUCAUCCAUGAACCCUGAAGACCUCGCCAGCCAAUCGGUACGCCUGAAGGAGGAGCAACUGAGACGCGAGGAGGAGAAGCUCCGCGAGAUCGAGGUCAAGGUCCAGCGGGAAAUCAACGAGAAGCGACAAGAGCUCCUGGCUCGCGAAAGCCAGCUCAAGGAGAUCGAGGCCCGGAUGCACCGAGAGCAGAGCGGGCAGUUGCAGGAGCACGACCACGAGGAAGCUUAAGCGGCUGGCUAAACUUUGUGGUGGAUGAAAUCCGGCAUUUGCCGCUGUUGGGAAGCUGUGGAUGGGGCGCUUGCAUCAAAAAUCAGGAUCCAAUGAACAGGAAAUUGGGGUUGCAGCGGGCGUAGGGUCCUUGGAGCAGGGAAUACUCACCACUAUUUCUCAAGAUGACGGUGCCCUUGUUCUAAUGGAUGGACUGCCUUGCAGAUUUGGGACGGGACGGGACGGGACGGGGGCCACAUUAUAGUGGAGGACUUCUCUUCUUACCCGGGGGUGUUCGUUUCGACAGACAUGUUGAUGUCUGGACUUGUCUUGACAUGGCCCUUUCAUAUGUUUUCUUACCCUUCGAUACUUAUUCCCCCCUUUGACUUCCAUGUAGGAAAGUAGUAAUCCAGUUUUCGACUAAUA